AUGGCUAACCCUGAAGGCUCCAAUGCCAAACAACCCACACUACAGAACCCGAUCAAUGACACAACAACAACACCCACCCCGAACUCCAACCCAUUCCCCCUCCCACCCUGGUACACCAAAAGUGCGCACUUUGUCCGACAAUGGUGGCCCAGCCUACCAAACAUCCCACGCAUAGGGUCCACAGUUGUCUUAUUGGCGGAACACAACCAAGUGAGCCAUCGUCUGCACUUUGUGCUCGCGCAACAUUAUUUUCGGGUGCUGGUCAAUCACGUUGAGUGGGAUAACUAUAAUUUGUACAGGACUGCUUCUGGGCUUGGGGUGAACAGCGUGACCCCUCCUCCUCUUCGCCCUUCCUCUUCCUCCUCUUCUGGAUCCCAACUUCAGUCCCUCACCACAUCCACAUCCACAUCCACAUCCACCACAUCGUUGAGCACCCCCACACAAAUAGUGCAAGACGACGGACCGAUGCACCUCUGGUACAUCAGCAUGCCAUUCGAAGUGAUCGUUGGUACAAUGUUGGUGGCUGUUGAUUUUGAACAUGCCGUUUGGAUUGAGUAUGUUGAGGGUGGGGAUGUGGAUAGGGCAGAUGAGGGAGAGAAGUUGUUGAGGUUUGUGGUGUUUCCUGCGUUUAGGGAUGAGUGGGAGUGUGAGAGGGAUUUGAGGGCGGGUCGGGCAAGUGGGGAAGGGGGAGGAGGAAGAGGUGAAGUAAGGACGCUGGAGGUUCCUGAGGAGUUGAAUUUGAGUGUGGUUGAGACGAUUAAUCUUGAUCAGAGUCAGGGAGUGGUUACCCUUUCGGAUAGGGAUGGGAGGAUCUUUAUCUUGUGUUAUGAGUAA